CAAAACAACUCAUCACUCAGACUCACUCACUCAUCUCUCUCUCUCUCUCUCUCUCUGGUUUUGGUUUGGGGGACUCAAUUGGAGUGUGUAAUCAUAUGGCGUCGUCGUCCUCGGAUCCCGGUCCGAAGACCGAAAGCGGAAGCGGGGGCGGCAGUGGCGGUGGAGGAGCAGAGGCGUCGGAGGCGGUUAUAGCGAGCGAUCAGCUAAUGGUGUACAGAGGGGUGAAGAAAUCGAAGAAAGAGAGAGGAUGUACGGCGAAAGAGCGCAUCAGCAAAAUGCCUCCGUGUGCUGCUGGAAAACGGAGCUCCAUUUACCGUGGAGUCACUCGGCAUAGAUGGACAGGUCGUUAUGAGGCUCAUCUUUGGGAUAAAAGUACCUGGAAUCACAACCAGAAUAAGAAGGGAAAGCAAGUUUACUUGGGGGCGUAUGACGAUGAAGAGGCUGCAGCUAGAGCUUAUGAUCUUGCUGCCUUGAAAUACUGGGGUCCUGGCACUCUCAUCAAUUUUCCUGUUACUGAUUACACAAGGGAUCUUGAAGAGAUGCAGAAUGUGUCAAGGGAGGAAUACCUUGCUUCUCUUCGAAGAAAGAGCAGUGGUUUCUCAAGAGGAAUUUCCAAAUUUCGUGGGCUUUCUAGUCGUUGGGAGCCGUCGUUGGGUCGUAUGGGUGGAUCUGAGUACUUCAAUAGCACACAUUAUGGCGUUGAUCCAGCAACAGAAAGUGAAAUUUUGGGAGCUCUUUGCAUUGAAAGAAAGAUUGACCUAACGAGUUACAUCAAGUGGUGGGGACCCAACAGAUCUCGACAAGCUGAAACUAGCAUGAAAUUUUCAGAAGAAACAAAACAUGGUUGUGUUGGAGAUAUUGGAGUUGAACUUAAAACAUUAGAAUGGGGAAUCCAGCCUACUGAACCGUACCAGAUGCCCCGUUUGGGCAUCUCUCGUGUAAGUAAAAAGCAUAAAGGUACCAGAGUCUCUGCCAUGAGCAUCCUCUCACGGUCAGCUGCCUAUAAGAACUUGCAAGAGAAAGCAUCACAAAAGGAGGAAAACAAUGCAGAUAAUAAUGAGAAUGAAAACAAAAAUAUCAUCCACAAGAUGGACUAUGGAAAGGCAAUUGAGAAAUCCACAAGUCAUGACGAAAGACUUGGUUCUGUAUUAGGAAUGAGUGGUGGAAUGUCUCUCCAAACAGACGUGUUCCCGUUGGGUCCCUUCUUGUCUGCACCACUUCUGACCAACUACAAUGCUGUUGAUCCCUUGGUAGACCCCAUUCUUUGGACGUCUCUUGCUCCUGUUCUUCCUUCUGGAAUUUCUCGCACGACUGAGAUUACAAAGACAGAGACAAGUUCAACUUUCACUUUAUUUCAGCCCGACGAAUGAUGUUGCAUUUCCUUCUGUUCUAAAAGUUGGUGAAGUUCAUGCUAACAGUUGCUUGACGACCUCUAGUCAGAAGGUUUUGCCUAUGGAUUACGUGCUACAGACACAGGAAAGACAAGUGUGUGAACCUUUGAUGUGGAAAGUGCGUAAACAUUUGAUGCGGCCUUGGCAACGAAGAGGUUUGUACUGCAUGGGGUGUAGAAUAUAUAGAAAAGGAGUGCAUUACUUGUUCUGAAGCGUUUUGGAGUGCUGGUCCUUUAGUUUUUCUGUAUAAGUUCAAGACAUCAGUUCUGGAUUUGGAUAUUUUGUACAGAAAAUAUGGUUAUUUAUAUAAAUGCAUACGUUUGAAUCACUGUGGUUUCAAAUGAAUGCCUCUCUUGGUUUGUUUU